AGCAGCGCGCUGCGUGGAAGGACGGGCUCCCCGGGCUCCCCGCGAGGUUAAGGAAGCAGGACGCUGCUCGGCUCCCCUACUUGCCGGGAGUCUGUGUUUUUAAAUCUUGAAAACCCCAGGGUAUUGUCUCUUCCUGUCUGAAGAUGGAUAACAAGAAGCGCCUGGCCUACGCCAUCAUCCGGUUCCUGCAUGACCAGCUCCGGCACGGGGGGCUCUCGUCCGAUGCCCAGGAGAGCUUGGAAGUUGCAAUCCAGUGCCUGGAGACAGCUUUUGGGGUGACAGUGGAAGACCAUGACCUCGCCCUCCCUCAGACUCUGCCGGAAAUAUUUGAAGCAGCUGCUGCAGGCAAGGAGGUGCCGCAGGACCUGAGGAGCCCCGAGCGGACCCCGCCUUCAGAGGAGGACUCAGCCGAGGCAGAGCGCCUCAAAACCGAAGGAAACGAGCAGAUGAAGGUAGAAAACUUUGAAGCUGCCGUGCACUUCUACGGGAAAGCCAUCGAGCUGAACCCGGCCAACGCCGUCUACUUCUGUAACAGAGCUGCGGCCUACAGCAAGCUCGGGAACUACACGGGUGCUGUUCAGGACUGUGAGCGAGCCAUCUGCAUAGACCCGUCCUACAGCAAAGCCUACGGCAGGAUGGGCCUCGCUCUCUCCAGUUUGAACAAGCACACCGAGGCCGUGGCUUACUACAAGAAGGCCUUGGAGCUGGAUCCUGAGAAUGAGACUUACAAGUCGAACCUCAAGAUAGCCGAGCUGAAGCUGAGAGAGACGCCGAGUCCCACGGGAGGCGUCGGCAGCUUUGACAUCGCCGGCCUGCUCAACAACCCCAGCUUCAUGAGCAUGGCGUCAAACCUAAUGAACAAUCCGCAGGUUCAGCAGCUCAUGUCCGGGAUGAUUUCGGGCGGCCACAACCCCCUGGGGACUCCCGGCACCAGCCCCUCACAGAACGACCUGGCCAGUCUCAUCCAGGCCGGCCAGCAGUUCGCCCAGCAGAUGCAGCAGCAGAACCCAGAGUUGAUAGAGCAGCUCCGAAGUCAGAUCCGAAGUCGGACCCCCAGUGCCAGCAACGACGACCAGCAGGAAUGACCGCCCUCCCCUC